CCUGGAAAUGUAGGAUUGUGAAAUUAAAAACAACAAACCGCAAACAGAAGAACAAGCUGCCUCUGUUGCCUUUGGGUUUUAACUCGAAAGUGCAUGGAGGAGGGUUUCUUCAUGGGCUGUUUCUUGGUGGAAGUUCAGGUUUUUCUGCUGUGACGACUACCUCAGCUGUUAGCUCUGGUAACUAUGAAAAGUGGUGGACAGAAUUGAGCCAGAGUUACAGCAGCUCUGAUUUGGACUAUUCAGAAGUUACCUUUGAGUCCUUUGGUGAGGAGGAAGAAGCCUGCUGUCAGUAAGAGAGUGAACCAUCUGAACUGUAUUGUUCCACAGAGGAUUUAAAGGGAUCUGUUGUGUGAGAUACGUUGGAAAGCAUGUCAUGGUUGGCAGGCGAAAACCAUGCAGAUGAGCAGUCUGACGUAGUGGAUCCUGCAGCUAUAGAAAGAGAUGUCAUGGGAAAACAGAUUGAUCUGAAAAAUAAAGAAGCUGGCAUUAAGCAAGACAAAUCUGUCAUCAAAGCUCAUGCCGUAAUUGACUCUUGUUUUGUUGAUUUAUGCCUGUCAGAAAUGACUGAAUUAUUAGAUGGAGAACUGGAUGCUCUCCGGUCUUUUUGCACUGUUAUGAUAAGCAAGAUGCGUCAGCAGCUGAUCUCUGGGCAGGCGAAUGGUGGCAAGUCAAGAAAGCUGCAGCAUGGAUUCACACCAAAGAAACUGGAGACAAGUGACUUGAACUGCAUUGUUCCUGAUCGGCUAGUGAACAGAAUCCACCUAAAAAAUAUCAGAGAGACUGUUAAACAGGUGACAGAAGCUCAAAUCCACGAACCUUCAGUGUGCCCUGACUGUCAGAAGAAGAAGGCGGAGUUAGCCAAGAUUGCCUUUCUCAGACGAAAGAAAGUGCUAAUGGAAAGUGCUUUAAUCCAAGAGAAACUGGAAGAACAGAUUUACUCCAGAGAUGUGCUUACACUUAUAGGAGAAGCACUCGGAAGCUUGCCCAAGCCAUCAGAGGAUCCCAGGAACUUAUGGCAAAGGCUGAAAGGUCAGAAAAC